AUGUACAUACACAGAAAUACACACGCACAGACACAUGUACAUACAUACACAUACACAUGUACACACACAGACAUGUACAUACACACACAGAGACACGUACACACACACACAUACAGACACACACAGAUACAUGUACAUACACAGAAAUACACACGCACAGACACAUGUACAUAAAUACACAGACACAUGUACAUACAUACUCACACACACACACAUGUACAUGCACACACACCCCCUAUAAAAAGUUGCAGUACUUCAUUUGUUGUUCACUCACAGAUCUGGGUACUGCACUCUAGGGGGAGGCAGAGAGCACAGCACACUCUUUUCUUUGCUUUCCCUGCGCUCAGCUAUUGAGCAGUCUGACGGCUCCCAGUGCCAAUGACAGAUCCGGUCUGAGCUCCGAGCCUGCUCAGCAAGACGGCCCUGGGGGACACACUCGCCCCCACCAUAAGUUCUACUCGCCAUUGGCAAGCAGGCGAGUGGAAAUUUCAAGGCCUGCAUUAGAGUACUAAUGAAA